CACCUCCCCUUUCUCUUUCACAGUCCGCCCAUCUCCCAUCACGCCCCACCUACCUCCCAUCACUACCCACCCACCACCCAUCGUCGCCACCCACCUGCCUGUCACUCGCGGAGACGGCUGACAUUCGCCUGCCCCCGCUGGCGGAGGGGCAGCGCUUCUGUGAUGCGUACCGCGUGGUGCUGCUGAUUGACAGCCGGGAGAAGGGGGCAGCACAGCUCACCGAGUUUCUCACCAGAGUGGAAAAGCUUCCCGCACAGGUGGUGGCACUCCCUGUGGGCGAUGCCCUCUGGGUUGCUCAACCGCUCACUCCUCCCACCUCAUCCGCCGCAACUCCCUCCUCGUCCUCCUCCUGUAUUCCAUCCCCCAUCCCACCACCCUCCUCUGCUGUCCCCCCAGCCGCCCUCCCUGCCUCUUCCGCUUCCCCUGCUUUGCCCGGUGGCUCGCUGUUCUGCUUGGAGUGGGUGGCGGAGCGCAAGAGGGUGGACGACUUGUGGCAGUCAAUCAAGUCAAAGCGGUUCAAGGACCAGAAGCUGAGGAUCAAGCACUGUGGUCUUCGCCGCCCAAUCUACGUGGUGGAGGGCAAUCUGGACGCCAGCAAUGGCGCGGAGAGCCUGCGCACGGC